AAACGUUGUUCCAGCUUUUUCCACCAGAAUUCUCGCAUGCUCCAGAAGGCGAAUAUUCGCGAAUUAUCGAUUUAGUUCUCUAACGUUUCUUUUUCGUUCGACCGUUUACGAGGGGAUGAAAUCGACAUCCCCGAGUAGGACACGCAUUGUACUCUACCAGCUUGCUAUAGAAAUAAUAACGGAUUUAGUAUUUUCGUAUUUUCCUCACUUAAGAACUGGAAAAAUGGCUCUUCUACCCCUAUGGUCUGGUGUCGAUUUACUAGGACGCCAUGGAGGAUCGCGCUGGAGUCUUCCGGAUGAUCUUCAUGAAUGGCCUACGAUCCUCCAAAGCGGUGCUGCUAAUCAGUUAAGAGAUUUGAGAACUCAACUAACCCAUCUGGACAGAAGCUCUUCCUUAACAAUCGACAAAGAACAUUUUCAAGCAAAUAUUGAUGUGCAGCAGUUUCGACCUGAUGAGAUAUCAGUAAGACUGCUUGAUGAUCAUAGUGUUAAAGUUGAGGCCAAACAUGAAGAACAGCAGGACGAUCACGGGUUUAUUUCGAGACAUUUUGUACGUCGCUAUCUUCUCCCAAAAGACUGCGAUCCAACGAAACUAAAAUCCAAGCUUUCGGCUGAUGGAAUUUUGGUCAUAACAGCUCCGAAAAAGCAGGAGGAUGAUGCUAUUGAGGGCCAGGAGAUUCCGAUUUCACACGUUAGGCCAUUUAUUAGUAGGCCUCAUCUGUGGCCCAGCCAUUACGGUGAUAGAAAAAGGAAAUUGAGUUCCUCAAACUGAAUACAGUAUAAUUCCAAACACCGGCAAAAUAUUGGCAGGAAUUUGCAGAAAAAUUGUCGGUUUUUUUUACUAUUUUAAAAUAUCUUAGGAUUCUAGGAAUGGUAGCACUUGGAAAAUAAAAUAUUUAAAGGAAUAUGAAAUAUGUCGUUCUUUUUACGAUUGCAAAUAUCGCAAAUGCCAAACGGUGAAUAUUUCGUGCAAACUUGAUCGAAAUUUUACAUGUAGAUAGUAUUUGGAAAAGAAGCACAAUAAUGAGAAUUUUCUGGUAUUAAAUUACUAAUUAUUUUAAUUGUAUGUCAAUUACUAUAUUGCAGCCUAAAACCUUUUUAAUAUUCGAUUUUCUGUAAACUUAUUAAAGAUUUACUUGAUUAA